CCGCAGUUUCCACCAUAUAUUCCGAAUUCUCAGUAUCAUGCGAUAGCGUAGUUGCUUUAAGAGAGGAGAAAAUAUACAAAAUGAAUUUCAUUCGAUUGGAAUUAGCGUGCUUCGAAAGAUGGAUUAUAAAAACAUUUUAUUCGUGUUUACAUCAAGGGGUAACAUGAUGAAAGUAGAAAAAGAAACAUGUUGAAUUUGGAAUCCCAAGUGUUUGCGGUGUUUCUAUAGUUAGAAUGACCUUAUAAUAGAAAUAAGAUGAGGCCGACCUGUCAACACGCGGAAAUGAUUCCUUGUUACUAGCGUUUUUUGUUGAUAUUGUUUGUGUUAAAUAAGCUCAUUGAUUAUGCAUCGGACAUAUUAACAUUAUCAAAAUCACGUUUGAAAUGUUGGUUAAGAUUAAAAAACAAACAGAAGACCGGAUUAUUUAUUGCUUGCCAAAUUUCUCCCAGUUGCCGGUAUAUCUUGGGGCUACCGAUUUGGAAUUUACAUACGAAUAUGAGACAAUUGCGGUAUAAACGCAAUCGCGGUCGGACUUUUGGCAUCUUCCCCAUUGCGCCAAUGGUUAACUGCAUUAAACUUUCUUCCAAUGGAUUAUUCUUUACCAGCAUUGACGCGGUAGUUGAAUGCUACAAUUGUAGAGAGCGCCACGGCGACUGGCACACUAACGACGAGCUCUACCAUGAUAAAAUACAUCACCACAUACCUCGAUGUUCCUUCCUAGGUGCCAGCGGUUUUCCUCUAAGGAAUGCAUUCUCUUCGGUUCGUUUCACACACGGUAUGCAAGGUGAAGGUGACACUAUUCGUUUUUUUCACUGCAAUGUAGGCCUUCGCAACUGGCUGGCAGGGGAUGACCCAUGGGCCGAACAUGCUCGAUUUUCAUUCGAGUUUACAUUCCUGAAAAUAAACAUAAUGCAGGCAGUCGAGACUGUUGAGAAUUCGCCAGUUCAAGUAAACCGCAGAGGCAAUAACUACUACAAUGAAAAAUUGGAGAGGCUGAAAGCUGAAAACGAGAACCUUAGAAGGAGUAUGGCGUGUAUAAUAUGCAAGGAACGCGAAGCGGUUGUUCUGUUUCUACCAUGUACCCACUUAAUCACUUGUUUGGAAUGUGCCCCGAAGUUUGGUAAAUGCCCUAUUUGCGGAACCGAUAUAGAGGGAGUGAUUCGUGUUUUCAGAGCAUAAUGGUUUUAAAGAUCAUUGAAAGGAAAACAGCAGAGUUCUUGUCAGUAACUGUCCUGUAAAAAUGGAGUGAAAGGCACAUCUUGUUGUUAAAGGAAAAUGAAAUUCCAGACCAUUCUCUGUUAAUAAGAAACAUCAGAUACACUGCAGUAAUCGACUGUAUCAGUCCCAUCUUAAAGGAACGAUUGGUGUUGAUAGAUCAUAUUGAUAUUAAAUGGGUUCAUUUAAUUAUUAGAAUGUCUGCAAGUGUACUGCGAAUGAAAUCUACAAGGAAUAUAUAAAAGGAAUAUUGCCUUUUCGGACGUUCCGUCUGAGCAUUAUACGGCUAUCUGUGUGCCUAUGCUUUUACAUAUUUCUGUGUAAAUGAUCAUAAAUGUAAUAGGUCAUUCAAUUUAGAAUGCAUUUGAAUAAGUCACAGUGUCAUAAUACUAUAUAUUUGUAUUUUGGAAUUAAAAACUGCCAUGACAGAGAAGGGAUUAUGCUGGUUCUACCGCGUGGUUCCUUGAGGCAUGUUCAAAGUGAGUUGGUACUAUUUCUCAGAAGAAACUGUCAUUUUUAUGGCGGUGAUGUAAACUCCAGAUACGAACGGACAUAAUUCUGUCGAAAUAAUACAUGUGUUUAAACACAUCGUCUUUGAUUAAAAUUGUGGAAAUAUAAAACUAAAUCAGUUGACUGUGCCUUUCGCUGUAAAUAAUAAGCCCUUAAUUUCAUGCCUCUGAUCAGGGUCCUCGUUUAAAUGUUCGGCUACUGUGAUCGUCCCUGGAGUUUAGACAGUUAAUCGGAUUAAUAUACUAUAACGCGGUUGAGUGCAGGGCUGCAAGGCCCAACUGUCUCGAAGUGGAUUCAUAGAACUUAAGAGGCUCCUGUUUCACCAAUACCAGACCGGCUAAAUAAUUUUAUUGGAGAUUAUAAAUGUAUCAACUGUUAAAAAAAAUUAUUUUAACUUUCUCGAUAUGUUCAUUCUAUAUUAUUUUUGUAAAUGCAAACUCUCAAAUAUUGCUAUCCAAAACUGUUAGCGUCGGUAUAGGUCAUACCAGCGUUAGCUACCAAGAGUAUUUAUCAUGUAUUUCGCUUUUUUGUGAACAAUUGCCACAUUUUGAACACAAUUUGGUUUGCCAAUGUUAUGGGCUGUUGCAUGGGCUAUAUGGCAUCUUCGAAAAAGAAGUUAUUGCAAUCGCAUGGUGAUAUGUUUACUUUGCUUUUUGCCAUAUCCAAGAAACAGGACUUUCACCAUGUUAUCUUGACCUUUACCAAGGAUCAUCGCUCAAUAUUAUAGCUAAGACGUAUAGAUAUGAUUUUUUUUACUACAUGGAAAUUGGUUUGAAUGUAUUUUUCCAUGUUAUUACCAUUUUUAGAAAUUAAAUGUUUUUAGAUUUUUUGCUGGUGAUAAAAUUGUUUUAAGUUAUGCAUCAAGGAAAUAUGUAUGGAUUUGUUUUUCUUAACGUUGACAUGUUUUGUUAAUUUUUAUAUUAUUUUAAGAAAAUUAUUUUAAAGGGUGAUGUUGCCUGGUAUGUUUCAGAAAAUUUCAAGUGUUCUUUUGAAGUAGUAUGGGAUAAAUAACGCAAUCGUAGAUAUUGUUCUCAAACCAAACCGAAUAGUUUUGAUAUUCCGCUCUUUUAAUUCCACGCUGAAGUCUUUUUUGCCUAGUUAUUCAAAAAUUCAUAAACAUGUUUAAUCAACCUUAACAUGAAAUGAUGAUGGCAUAUUUUCUUGAUAUACAAGAGAUGUUAAAAAUACAUUUCUCAUUUCAAAAAACAUAAAAUACACACUGAAACUCGAUUCGUAGCCCAAAAUUAGCAUAUUGAUGCAAGAAUAUCUCUUAAUGAGUCGAACGUGGUCCCUUAUAUCUUUUUCAAAGUCAUUGAUCGUUACCUGGCCUAAGUUGUCGAAUUUUAUGUCUGAUUACGUAUCAAUUAACAUACCUGUUAAACAUUUGGAAGUGCUGUCAUAGCCUAACAAUAGUAUUUCCUUAUUUAUUUAUGUUCUCCUUUUAUUUGUUUUCACGUAAGGAAAGCCAUCCAAUAUUAGGAUAACCAAAAUUGUAAGUACUUUUUAUUUUUUAAAAUCGAUAUUAUUUCUUGUUUAAUUUUUAUUGGCAAACCAUUAUCUUUAUUGAAUAACACCAUACUGAC